UUGAAUUGAAAUGCGAUCUGGGUCUGAGUCAGUCGAGCCUGGAAGUUGGACAAGACCACAACGAAAAAUUUAAGCCGCGUUCCGAGAAACAUAAUUGAGUGAUCGCUAUCAGCACUGGUGCCAUCAAGGAAAUACUUUCAUAUAGAAAUAUUUUAAAACGGAAAUAUGGCCAAGUGGCUCCUGAGCCUUUGUCUGGUGAUCUUGCUAGUGGAUCGACCCGGGGUUAUAGCUUAUCGAUCGGGCAGCGGCUACCGGAGCGAGCAGUCGGAACAAGUCGGCUUAUCAGCAGCAGGGCACGGGCUCUCGAGUUACGGAGCCGACCAACGGCAGGCGUGUCCGGCGCAUUUUACGGGUCUGGUUGCAUAUCCCCACGACUGCCAUCGCUAUGUGAACUGCUACCAAGGCAGUCCCACCAUUCAGACUUGUUCACCCGGAACGCUGUUCAAUGCCAAAACCCUGGUGUGUGAUCAUCCCAACAAUGUGGAUUGUUCUUCACCACCUCCGGAAUCCACUCGCUUGGGUCGACUGCAGCAGUUGGACAGUGAACCAAAGUGUCCAGCCGGAGUGAAUGGAUUGCAACCGCACCCAACGGAUUGCACCAAGUUCCUUAACUGCGCCAAUGGCCAUGCUUUCAUUAUGGACUGCUCACCGGGAACUGCUUUUAGUGCCGCAUCACUGGUCUGUGUCCACAAGGACGUGGCCAAUUGUGGAGCUGGAGCAGCAGCAAACGGGGGCCAUGGCUAUUCUGUUGGUCCCGCGGGCGACUUGGAUUGUCCAUCCGGCGUGCGUGGCCUUCGUCCGCAUCCCCACGAUUUGCACAAAUAUUUGCGAUGCGGCAUCGGUGUUAAAACUCAGGUGGAGCAGUGUCCGCAAGGACAGAUCUUCGAUGGCUCCACUUUGGUAUGUGUUUAUUCUGGCUCCUCUCAGACCUCCUCUUCUGCCUUCACCUCGACUGAGAUUCAGGUCAACUAUCUCCUGUGUCCACUGGGAGCAGUUGGUCUGUUUGUUCACCCCUUCGAUCAGACAAAGUUCCUGAGUUGUAAGGAUGGUAAGGUGGCUGUGCAAAGUUGUCAGCCUAAUUUUGUGUUCAGUAUAUCGAAGGGUUAUUGUCAGGUGAAAACACAAUUGGCUUACACCGACUAUGUCACCUUAAUUGUCUCCCAGAUCAGCUAUGAGUACUCCUUGACCCUUAAUGCAUGUCCUGGCGACAUUACGGGCGUCUUCUUGUAUCCCUACGAUGCUGAGAAGUACGUUCAGUGCUCGGCUGGUGGCAGGAUGUCUAUUCUAAGCUGUGGACCUCAGUUGGCUUUCAGUAUAUCCCGAAGAUCUUGUCUUCCACGUCGUGAAGUGCAGAGAAGUGAUCGCGUACAGUUCUGGGAGGAAAUCCAAGUUGAGACUACUUACUCCUACCAGGAAAGUCAGGGCAGGGCCCAAAGCCAACUGUCUUCACUCAGAUCGUGCCCAUCCAAAGUUCAGCAGAACUAUCCUUAUCCAUUCCAUGCUGGUCACUAUGUAAAGUGCCACAACGGAGUUUUGGAGAUUGUUUGUUGUCCCACUGGUUACUUUUACAGUUUGUCUCAGCGACAGUGUGUAGCUCGUCAUCUUCUCGCCGCCCACGACUAUCUGGACUAUUCCUAUAUCAGUAAUGAAUUAUCGACUGAAUUUAUGGUGGAUCAAUCGACUCUCACUUGUCCUCCCCAAGUUUCUGGAUACUUUUUACAUCCAUUUGAUGGCACCAAGUUCGUCAAGUGCUGGAAUCAGCAGACUUCUAUUGAAAGCUGCCAGCCGGGAGAACUCUUUAGCUUCUCCAAUCAGAAGUGCGUACCCAAGGAUCAAUGUAAGGGUCCCAGUGAUCAUGUUGAAUAUCUGAUCGAGACAACAAUUGUUGGGACUUAUGAGAUUAAUGGACCGGAUCAUGGAAACCUGGUUAAAAACGGGGCUGUUAGUUGCCCACCAGGAUUCUCUGGAACUCAUGCCCACCCAUUUGAAUGUACACAAUUCCUGGAAUGUGCAAAUGGAGAAACCUUCGUGAAGGAUUGCCCGCCAGGAACUGCAUUCAGCACAGUCAUUAACAAUUGCGAUUUUGCCAAUAAGGUGGACUGUCAUGGCGGAAGAGCCAGUCAGGCUCAAGUUACCCAAACAAAUCAAGCUAGUUAUCCAGAACAUCAAGCAAAUACCUUCACACCAUUGCAAACCAAACCCUCUGCCCUACCUGCAGAGCACACCUCUGACCUUUUGUGCCCACCUGGAGUCGGUGGUCAAUUUGCUCACCCCUUCGACCAAACAAAGUUCAUUGUUUGCCAGGCUGGCAAACUGGCGGUACAAAGCUGUCAGCCAAGUUAUGUAUUUAGCAUUUCCAAGGGUAGUUGCCAGCUGAAGACUCAGUUGGUCUAUAGUGACUAUGUGGUAUAUAAGGUCUCUGUGAUCAGCAUCGAGCAGACCAUGAUACUCUCCGCUUGCCCCGAAGGCACCGACGGUCUUCAUCUUUAUCCCUAUGAUGCUGGAAAAUAUGUACAUUGUUCUGGUGGAGGCAAGAUGUCCAUUUUAAGCUGUGAGCCUCACAACGCCUUUAGUUUGUCUCAGCGAGCUUGCCGUUCAAGUCGUCUGGUGACAAAAGAAGAUCGAGUAAAGUUCUGGGAAGAAUUGCAGAUUGAGACAACUUACACCAGUCAUGACAUCCAAGCCCAUUCGUCUCCACUGAGAAGUUGUCCACCCAGUCUUCAAGGGAAUUACCCAUUUCCCUUCCACGCUGGUCACUUCAUAAAGUGUCAAAAUGGCAAUUUGCAGAUUGAGAUCUGUCCCGUAGCAGCUCUGUACAGUUUGUCCCAACGCCAGUGUGUUGCCCGUCACCUUCUUUCCGCCCAUGACUAUCUGGACUAUGCCUACAUCAGUGUAAUGUUCUCGACCGAUUUCUUCCAGGAUCUAACAACGUUGACUUGUCCACCGCAAGCGCAGGGUUAUUAUCUGCAUCCUUUCGAUUGCACCAAGUAUCUGCUAUGCAGGGGCACACAAACUUUCAUAGAAAGUUGUCAGCAAGGCUGGGUGUUCAGCAUCUCCCAGCAAAAGUGUGUUGCCAGAGACCAGAUAACGGAAGCAUACGAUCGGGUGGAAUAUUUCGAAGACACUCAGCAUGAAUUGAGCAACGAAGGGGAUGAGAAAGGAGGCCAAGGACUCCCGCCUGUUCAGCAACCUGUUCCAGCAAUUGGAAAUACUGUGUCCAGUUCAAAUAGAGGUUACCACCAACCUGAGUAUCAGCCGAAUACUAACUCAAAUGGAGGUUACCAGCCUCUUCUUCCAACAAGUGGUGGCUACACACCACCUACUCAGGGAAAUGGAGUUUACCAGCAGCCUACCAACAGUAAUGGAGGCUACGAACCAUCUUCCCAAACUAAUGGAGGAUACCAGCCAUCCUCCCAGUUAAAUGGAGGUUAUCAAACACAUUCUCAAGAAAAUGGAGGUUACCAACCACAUUCCCAAGUUACUAUUGCGGGAUACGACACAUCUUCCAGAGCUAGUGGAGGUUACCAACCACAUUCCCAAGUUACUGGAGGUUACCAACACCCUUCUCAAACUAUUGCGGGAUACGACUCAUCUUCCAGAGCUAGUGGAGGUUACCAACCACAUUCCCAAGAAAGUGGAGGUUACCAACCACAUUCCCAAGAAAGUGGAGGUUACCAACCACAUUCCAAAGUAAGUGGAGCUUAUCAACCACAUUCUCCAACGGUUGGAGGAUACGCGACAUCCUCUCAAACUAACGGAGGUUACCAACCAUCCUCCCCAAUCAAUGGAGGUCACCAACCUUCUCCUCAAAUUAAAGGAGGCCACCAACAACAUUCCCAGAUAAGUGGGGGUUAUCAACCAGUUUCCCAAUCAAGUGGAGGUUACCAGCCAUCUACUCAAACUAAUGGAGGUUAUCAAUCAACCUCGCAAAUAAUUGGUGGUUAUCAACCAUCUUCUCAAACAAGUGGAGGUUACCAAUCAUCUUCUCAAACUAGUGGAGGUUAUCCUCAACAAACUUACCAAGGAGAAAACCAAAAUAAUGGAGGUUACCAGCACACUUCUCAAACUUUUGGAGGUUACCAGCAAACAGAUCAAUCAAGGGGAGCUUACCAACCUUCGCAAGGAGGUAACCAAGAAAAUUAUCAAACAAAUGGAGGUUACCAGCAAACUUCUCAAACAAUUGGAGGAUACCAGCCGCCAAUCCCAUCUACUGGAAAUCAGUUCUCGAGAGGAACAGAGACUUCUGCUACACCUUCUCCCUUGCUGUGCCCUGAAAAUGUCAGUGGGCUCUUCCCAAAUCCUUUCAACGCCGCCGGCUAUUUAACCUGCAUCGAGGGUCACACGCUAGUUAGGCAGUGUCAGCCUCUUGACAUUUUUAGCGUUUCGCAAGGUUAUUGCUUGCCCGAGCAGCAUGUGAACAGCACGGAUCGAGUUCCGUAUCACAGGAAGGAAACCGAUCAGGAGAAUCCUUUCGCCUGUCCGCGAGGUUCCAUUGGCUUCUUUGUGUACCCCUUUGACUGUUCGAAGUAUCUUAGUUGCGGCCCCAUCGGAAUGGAACUUAAGAGUUGCCCGGCUGAACAGCACUUCAGUAUCUCGCAUGGAUUUUGCAAGCCGGUGAAUCAAGUUCAACGCGAGGAUCGCUUGUUCACUCUUUCUGAACUCCACAUAAUUUUCGAGUGGACGCAACGAAUGAAACUUGAGGGCGCUAUAACCGCCUGUCCCCAGGGAAUAGCCGGAACUCUGCCGCAUCCACGUUGGCCGAGCAAAUACCUCCGCUGUGGACCUGGCCAGGCCGAGAUAAUCGAUUGUCCAAGUCAGCAGAUUUUCAGCGUUUCCCGUAGAAUUUGUGUGCUGGAUGAAGCACUGCGCAGCGACGAUCGUACCGACUAUAUAGUUCGGGAGGUUCCUUCCGAUUGGCUAGAUCCGUCUAAUGAUAAUCGCCAAUCCAAAUCGUACCAGACUUCUGGCGUUGAUCAGUACGGCAACAGAUACACCACUAGGAUUACUUCCACAACGCGGGUGAUUGGCGAUCGCUGGUCGGACAUGAACAUGCAGCGUCCCUCGGGUGUUGGUCUGGAUCAGAAUCCCCACCAUCACGAGCAUCAUCAUCAAGAGGCAUACAACCCCAGUUGGACUGGCCAGGAGACAUCUUAUGUCCAUCGUUCACCCACACAAAACACUUUAUAUGUGGAGGGAUCCCUGCAACCCAAUCGUAAUUAUCCUUCCUUUAAGGCUCCGUUGGCACCGAUGAAACCCAUCAAUCCCGGAAGGGAAUACUACGCUCAGCCUGUUUACGAAAGAAAACCAGAGCCCGAAAGUCCAGUUCCUUCGCGACAUAACUAUAGUCGCAGAAUUAAUUACGGCUCACCUGACAAUGGAUGGAAGCCCAUGCCACCUAAAACUCCUUUGGCUGGACAGCAACCAUUAAAUCUAGACUACACACCCCAUUCUCCUGGUGCCGGGGAACCGCAACCAAAUCCCCAAGAGCCUCUGCCCGGACAGGAACCCCUUGACUUGGACUAUGAUGACCAACAAAAACCCCAAGAUCCUUACAACGACCUUCAGCCUCCUUUCAAUUCGCCACCCCGUUCCUAUCCAGAUCAGUUGCCCAGUAGCUCAAAACCGAUUGGUAGACAGCAACCUUUUGGUUCUCCAGGCCAGCAAUCACCUCUAGAUAAUCAUAACAAUGAUGAGUUGCCUUUCAACGAAUCCAAUCUUUAUGGAGGUCUCUUACCCCCGAAACCAGACUCCUCGUCUGAUGCGAAACCAACUUCCACCCCCAAUCCUUUAGCUUCCCAGACUCCAACCCCUCAACUAGCUAACCGACUGCACACAUUUCCCAUUUAUCCACCCGUGGAUAAUAAAACCUCUCACCAGACUCCCCACUACAGUCCUUCCUAUGCGGGAAUUGCUCAUUCUCGAAAUGCCUCCUGGGCUAAAGUUCCUGUAACUAGUACCACGCCUGCCCAGGAAUUCGAUCCUUUUAAUGAUCCUGAUGAGGACGAACCCUUCUAUGAUGAUGAAAAUCUUACAACCACAACAGUGCGAAGAGAUCUUGUGCCACCUCCUUUCGAUCACAAGUUCUACAAUCCCCAGUCUCAGAUUCCUAGUGCCAGCCAAGAUCCAAAUUCCCAAGCGGCCAUUAAAGAGGCUCUCAAACUAAUGCUGCGACCCUACUUCAAUCAUAGUGGCAAUGCCCAAGAGAAACUGGCCAAGCAGACUGAAGCAGCUAUAGUUUCGGUGAUUAGUAAACCCCCUACGACAUCGACCACGACUACCACACGAAAACCUCAAACUACGACGACUUCGACUACCCCUAAAACCGAUCUUGACUCCGACGCCGAACUGAUUAAGGCGGGCGAACAGGAGAGCCUGGAUUCCGCUGACGACGACUAUGUUUUUCCAGAUGCCCGGGAGACGUCGCGAACCGAGCAGACCCUAGAUCCCAGUACCACCUACUCCUCGACUGACUUUCAACGGAACACCCGCGGUACCACGACCACAAUGAAAAACAAUUGGCCAGCGACGGGUCACAAUCGUGACUACCACCGUCGCCAUCCAAAUCUACCCGACCCGUUCUCCGGGCACCAUCCCAAUCCCCAAUCUCCCCACCAACACCAUCGCCAUUCCCAUGAACACAAACACCACGAACACAGUCCCGAUUUCCAUCGUCGUCAUCCCGAGCUGCCGAAUCCAUUCCCGCAAAAGGAUGAAGUUGACCAACAGGAGCAGCAGGAAGAAGACUGGGAGGAAUUCAGAAAUCCAAAUGCUGAGGAAGUGACUCCCAAAUUGGGCGUCCGUUCGAAUUUCGACCAGGAGUGUGACUUUGAUUGCGGCAAUGGCAAGUGUUUGAAGAAGGAGCAGGUCUGCGAUGGCCAGAAAAACUGCGAUAAUGGCAAGGAUGAGGCUAAUUGCCCGCCCUUGGACUACGAGGUGCGUUUGACCGGAGGCGAAAGACCGCAUAUGGGUCGCAUUGAAGUUAAGGCUAAUGGCCAGUGGGGCUAUGUGUGCGACGACAAGUUCGGUUUGAAAGAUGCAGAUGUAGUGUGCCGAGAACUGGGCUUCAAGAUGGGUGCCCAAGAAGUGCGUGGCAGCUCUUUCUAUGCUCCCCCCAAUCAGGACUUCAACUAUUUGAUGGAUGAGGUCGAGUGUCACGGCAAUGAAACAAAGUUGAGCGAGUGCGCCUUCAAAGGAUGGGGCGUCCAUAACUGCGGAGUUGACGAGGUGGCUGGCGUCACUUGCAAGGUUCCGGUGAUGAAGUGUCCGAAUGACUAUUGGCUUUGUCACACCUCCAAGGAGUGCAUCCCUCCGGCGUUUGUGUGCGACAAUACCGAGGACUGUGCCGAUAAGUCGGAUGAGUGUGCGGCCGUCUGUCAGGCUCCCGUUCAAUACCGAUUGGAGGGAGGACGUAAUACCAACGAAGGCCGCCUGGAGGUCAAAUACCAUGGUGUUUGGGGCAGUGUUUGCGAUGAUGACUUCAACUUGAAGACGGCUCAAGUGGCCUGUAACUCUAUGGGCUUCUUUGGACCAGCGAAAAUCGAGAAAAACAUCUUUGGCAUUGGCAAUGGACCCAUUUGGCUUGAUCAGGUGAUGUGCUUUGGAAACGAGUCCUCCAUCGACAAGUGCAGCCACUGGAAUUGGGGCGAGCAUAAUUGCAACCACACCGAGGAUGUGGCUCUGCAUUGCACCGCCGGUCCACCGCCACGCAGUGGUAAAUUGUCCCAAAGCCAAUUAAAAACUGGCAGAAAGCUGGGCCAGGAAAACGCGGCCAGCAGCUACUCGCAAAUUGGCUUGUGGGAGAGGUCAAGCAAGGCUUUGCACACUCCGCGUCGCUGUGGCAUUUUCAAGGACGAUUUAACCGAUGAGUACGCCCAUCGAGAGGAGCGCGUGGUCAAGGGGAAUGUGGCGCAGCGCGGUCGACAUCCUUGGCAGGCCACCAUAAGGACUCGCGGACGUGGUGGCAUCUCCAGCCACUGGUGUGGAGCGGUGGUGAUUUCCAAGCGCCAUCUCCUGACCGCCGCCCACUGUCUUUAUGGAAACCACAAGGGCGCCUACUUUGUUCGCGUCGGAGAUCACUAUGCAAAUAUAGCCGAGUCCUCCGAGGAGGAUUCGUUCAUUGAACACUGGUACACGCACGAGAGCUUCCGCAAGGGAACCCACAUGAAUAACGAUAUUGCCUUGGUGGUGCUGAAAUCUCCUCUGAAGUUCAGUGAUUACGUGCAGCCUAUUUGUUUGCCAGAUAAAAAGGAUGAGCUGGUCGAGAACCGCAAAUGCACCAUUUCUGGUUGGGGUUCCAUCAAGUCGGGAGUGUCCACACCUGCACAAGUUUUGAAAUCAGCUGAGCUUCCAAUUCUAGCAGAUAAUGUCUGCAAGCAGCCGAAUGUUUAUGGAUCGGCCAUGUCGGAAGGCAUGUUCUGUGCUGGCUCAAUGGAUGAAAGUGUGGAUGCCUGCGAAGGUGACUCAGGCGGUCCGCUUGUCUGCUCCGAUGAUGAUGGUGAGACUUUAUAUGGUCUUAUUUCGUGGGGUCAGCACUGCGGCUUCAAAAACAGACCCGGUGUCUAUGUGCGUGUCAAUCACUAUAUUGAUUGGAUCUACGAAAAAAUUAAUGAGAGCUUGCUGCGAUUUUAGAAAAAUGUAUAAUUCAGCUCCCUUAUUUCCAACUUGUUACAUGACUUAAAUCAUAUACGAAUUUUGUAGUGAAUUUAAAAAUAAAGCAAAGAUUAUAAAAACUA